UGUAUUAGCGGCGAUUCUGCGUUUGUACUGCGUGCACUCUAUGAGCUACGAGUCGGCGAACUCGUGUGUCGGCAAAACGUUGAUUUUCUAAAGAUUUAUUAAAAUUCUCACUUAAACUGUAAACUGGUAUUAUUUGAUGCGCUAAUUGUCAGUACUUGUAUUUCAAAACGUAUAUUAAAAAUUAUCGCUUGAAGUAAAGUCUGUGAAAACCUAACCUAUAAGAAUGUUUUCAAAAAAUUCUUUAGAUUUCUGAGUGUUACGAAAAUUCUUAUUCAGGUCUCAUUGACUAACGCGAGAAUAGUUUCAAGAUGAUGUUCAAAACCUUGCAAUUGACUGUGAGAAAUUUAAGAGGCAUCAGUCGCAUUAUAACAACAGAAACAUUGUCCAGUAUCCAAGCACACAGUUACAGUAAAUGGACCCCCAGAAAGUUUGCAGCUAUUGUCAAUGAGGAUGAACUUUUCGAUGUCGAAGAAAACACAACACCUCCUGCUCAGUCAGUCAGGAAAACUAGGUCUCGAUCGAGGAGAUCAAGAGUUAACGAAAUUGAAAGAGAAGAUAUGGAAGACGCAAAAUCUGCUGAUGUAACUUUUGACGAUGAAAUUGAAAAGAAAAAACCUGUAAAAUCUACCAAAGAAACCAAAGCUUAUAAGGCUUAUGAAGAAACUAGAAAACGGAAAGAAUCAAAAACUGUUUUAACAAAAGUACAUGAAAAUGAGAAGAUAGUAUCGUCAAUAAUGAUGAGCCUCAGAUCAAAAAAACAGCGAAAGAAGGAUGAACUAAUACUUUUGGAGGGUGUUCGCUUCAUAGAGGAUGCUAUUAAAGCUGGAAUAGUUCCACAGUACAUUUUUUUCAGUAGAUGGGAAGAUAUUAAGCAUCUUGAUUUCUCAAAUACAGGAACAAAACUGUUCAAAGUAACCUAUCGAAAUAUUCAAUUAUGGUCAACGCUAACAACUUCUCCAGGUGUUAUGGGAAUUUUCAAGAGACCAGAACCAUUAAAAGUAAAGAAAUCUUCCUUGCCAAUAACCAUCAUUUGUGACAACGUUCGAGAUCCAGGAAAUAUGGGUUCAAUCUUGAGAGCAGCUGCAGGUGUAGGCGUCGAGAAAGUAGUAUUGACCAAAGGUUGCGUUGAUUUUUGGGACACCAAAGUUUUGAGAAGCGCAACAGGUGCGCAUUUCCGAGUACCGAUUUUAGGAUCACAAAAAUGGGAUGACAUAAAAUCAUCGAUAGACGAUGACGCACAAAUUUACGUCGCAGACAAUAAUGUCGAUGCGCACAUUAAGGACUUCGCCGAAAUCGAAAUGGCAGAAGAAAAAACAGAAGCAGAUACAGAGACGGAAGAUCAAGAGCCAGAAAUUCAAGAGCCGGCUAAAACGAAAUCACAGAAGAUUAUCAAGGAAGACAGGAAUGACUGUUUGCUUCUGAGAAAUUCAAAUCUUCCAGUAAUCCCAUACUAUGCCGUGGACUAUACACAGAACCAGGUAAUUUUGAUUGUUGGUGGCGAAACGGAAGGUUUGAGCAGAGAAUCCUAUGAAUUGAUAGAAAAGAAGCAAGGAAUACGUGUAAAUAUACCAUUGGACAACGGCAUAGACAGUUUGAACGCAGGAAUGGCCUUGGGCAUCAUUGCUUUUGAAGUUAAAAGACAGUUUUUGCGAGUACAAAAAGGAUUGAACUAUUUAAAAUGGUAGUUUGUAGAUAAUUUUUCUAAAAAAUUUAUAAAAAUUGUAAAUUAACAAAAAAAGAAACUAAAUAUGUUUUUCUAAUGCUGCAUUUACGAAAAUAAUUUUGUAAAUUUAAUUUGUAAAUGCCAAGCGUUUUGUUUACAGAUUAAAUAGCGUUACCAAAUGUUAUCCUGAUGUAGUUUUGUACUUUACCAUCGGAAGCUCGUUUCUAACGCCGAUUGAAAGAUGACAGCACUUGUUAAAUCUGUCCAUGAGAGGAAUGACACGAGAAAAAUGAUUGAUUUUGCAAUGAAUUUACUGACUUUAAGUUGUAUUCUCGUUAAUUAACUUUUGUAUAGAUUCGAUCCGUGAAUGAGAAAAAUCAAAAUGACUGCGACGAGUGUCGAAAAUCAAAUUUUCUCAUCUACAUUUUAUUCACAUUGCAGCAUUCGAAAACCUGCCGAAAAUGUAAAAGUCAAUUCUGUUAGACGUGUAGUUUUUAACGUACUUAAUUUUGUAAAAGUUAAGAUCGAUUCAGCGAAAAUCGCUCGUUGCAUUGUAUUUUGCAGUAAACAGAUAAUAAACUAUAAUUUGUUAAAAGUUGA